AAGUAGUGUUACAUCGUCGGUUUAACGCGGUACUCGCAGCAUGGCCGACGACGACGCACGUCGGCUCGCCAAGCGUCUCUACAACCGACGCAAGCAGCGCGAGUUCCGUGAGCGCCUCGAACGCAGGCUCUCGGAGCUGCGCGCGCUCGUGAGCACACUGGAAGCCGAGCUCGAUCGACGAAAGCCGCAAAAGAACGGCAGCGCGCUACUGCUGCCGUGGGCCGACGUGGCGUCGGCUCUAGCAUCGGCCGCCGCCGAAGCGUCGCGCUCGCACCACCACCUACGCGUCCACGCCGAGCGCCUCGAGACCGUCUACCGCACUCUCCACACGUGGGUGCACCAACCUGCUAUCAUCCACCCAGCAUGCUACGCCGUCCACGAAAGGCGCGUCUUUACCAGCACCCGCGUCGGCCUUGCCAUCGACCUGAACGUCCGACGCCUCAGCUGCGAGUGGCUUCUCGACCGGCUCUACCAUAACGCCGAAGCACUCCUGGAGGCGCACGGGCUACCGCGCGGCGCGCCACCGUCGCAUGCAACCAACGCCGAGUUCUUAUUUGAUGUCACGGACGCCGGCACGCACCAAUACGCGACCGCGCGGCAACAUGUUCUGCGCACGUCGCUGGAUCACGUCGCCAGCGCGUACACGCUCAUGGGCCGCGACGGCGACGGCGACAGCAGCGUUGCGCUCGCUGGUCGGCGCGUCCUCGACCCCGAGCUGAUCGCGAUGCUCGCCGACAAGAACAUUGUGUACUCCCAGUCCAUGUACACCCGCCACGGCGCACCAUGGCGCGACAACCGCCUCUGGCGCGUGUAUGCAUCGCCCGACAGCGUCGUCGUCGUGAGCCAAAACGUCCACGACGACCCGCUGAACCCGGUCACGCCGCUUCAGCGCUUCCGCUACGUCAUCAUCGCAGUCGACGCCAUCGAUGGCCAACGCGUCCGGAUCCGAGAGCUCAAGUACUGCUCGCAGUCGUUUGACGCGACAGCCUUUGUGCCACUGCCCAUCGAGGCGCUGCAGUUUGGCAUCGACGUGCGAUCGGUCGCCGCCGCCGACGCCCAGCAAAGCGCGCUGCUCGAGUGCGUGCAUCGCGACGUGACGUCGUUUGAAGCGUCGUGGGCCCGCGCGUUCGAGACCGCCCUUCGGCGGACGCAGCGCGAGAGAGCAACAAGAGACACCACACAAUAG